GUUCUGACCACAUUAGAACCUUCGUCCCGCUACCAACGAUUUAUUCCCAUUUCGACCGCCGCGGGGCACUGAAGUUUUUUGGUUUUAAGCUCGACCAUUUUUUUUUGAAAGAUGCAGCAGAAAUAUUUGAUUCUGGGAGCGAUCGCCUUGGCCAUGGUGGGCGUGGCCCAGGCAGGCGGAAGGAUUUUUGGCGGCGAGGAGGCGGGGCCCAACGACACGCCCUACGCCGCCUCCCUGCGAGUGGACAACGCCCACGCAUGCGGAGCGUGUAUCAUGUCCCCGAAUACCCUUCUCACCGCCGCCCACUGUGCGCAUCGCGACAACAAACUAUUGGACCCUAGUCGCAUUUCUGUCCGAGUGGGCACCACGAACCAGUACGCCGGCGGAAAGAUCGCCCACGUGGAGUCGGUGACGGUCCACCCGAGCUACGACAACUUGAAGAACAACCUGGCCAUCAUAAGGCUGAGCGAGCCCCUGACCUUCACCGACAGGAUCCAAGCUAUCGAGGUGGCCGACAGCGGGGAGGCGCUGCCCGAGGCGGGUUCAGAGGUUAGUGUGGCCGGGUGGGGCCGCACUGUCGAGGGCACCGCCUCCUACAAGAUCCGGGAGCUGGGUCUCCAUGUGGCCGAGGAAGCGACCUGUCUGGACGCCUACAGCGAUCACGACAGCACCAGCUUCUGCCUGGCCCACGAGCUCAAGCAGGGCACCUGCCACGGAGACGGUGGCAGCGGGGCCGUUUACCAAAACAAGCUGAUUGGCAUCAGCAGCUUUGUGGUCGGCGCCUGUGGCUCCCGCUACCCGGACGUCUUUGUCCGCCUUUCGGCCUACUCUGAGUGGAUCCAAGAGCAGUUGGCUUGAACACCAAACUAUUUAUUUUUAUAGCCGAUUUUGAUUUUCAAAAUUUUGAGAACAACAAGAACAAUACAUAUAUCAUAGGAAACAUAAAAUAUUUGUAUUCUUACUGGGUUAAAAUUCUAUGGAGAUUCCUUAGCCAUAAAGCUUGAAGUUUUUUAAAAUAUAAAUAUAACUAUUA